AUGCUGCGGCAGCCACAACCGCGAUGGAGCGGUCACCCGGUGGGAAUUGACGAGUGCCUAUCCGAGCGAAUCUCCUUCCAACAUAUCCAGUCAACAUUGCGAGCACGGAUCAGCCCCGUCGAGAACUCCACCUGCUCCCUCCACAAACGUUCCCCCUCCUCAUUCGCACACGAAUCGCCACGGCAUCGACACUCCACGACGGCCUCCGUCGACCACAGUCCUGAUGCCUCAACCGACAUCGCCGAACUCGCCAUAAUCAUCCUUGCCUAG